AGGUUGGUACAUAAAAUGGGCAUCGCCCAUGUUCUUGGGCACUUGGCGGUCCUGAUACCUGCUGGAACCAUGAAAGUCUUGGUGUAUGUGUUGCUGGGGGUGUCGGCGAGCGCCUGGGGCUCACCUCAGAGCUCAACUGCUGCCACUCCUGCUGCUGCUGCCCCUCAGCCUCCUGCUGCCCCGCCUGCUGCACCCUCUGCGGACGACGAGCCUGCUGACGAAGACACCAAACGAGACAAAAGGCAAUGGUACUUCGGUGAUUUCUACCCGGACACUUUUAAUGCGCCUAUCCCUGUGGGCGAACCUAUCCCAGUGCCCGUCCCCGUCCAAGACUAUCCUUCCGACAAUGGCCAAGGAUUCAACCCCCAGUACAGGACUCGUAACCCAGGCUUCUUCAAUGGGGCUCAGUUUGGGGAUGACGAAGGAGUGCCUUUCUCAGAGCUCUUGAACUACCAGCAGCAGCAGCUACAGCAGCAGCAGGCCCAGUUUCAGCAGCAGCAGCUACAGCAGCAGCAGCAGGCACAGUUUCAGCAGCAGCAGCAGCAGUUCCCUGACGGCAGUGAGAUCGACACCGGCGUUGCUGCCUCAACCACACCAGAGUUUCGCUCCAGAAGGCCAUUUAGGGGUCACAUAAGCCCAUAUUAUAACUAUCAGAGGCCCUUUGGAUAUGGCUACAAUGCUUACCGCAAUCCAUACUUAUAUUAGAGAGCCACCAGUCCUGUAGAGCCCUGUGGAAGCCUUGUUAUGAGUUUACAGUAACCUGGGCCUAGGAUCCCAAGGUCUUCGAUAGCUGGUUAUCCUUUAGAGAACCUUGAUGUAUAUUCGAGUGACGCGAGGCUACAGCCUUACACGUGACUUAUUCAUACGUGAAUCACUAUACAUACGUGUAUCACUAUACAUAUGUGUAUCACAAAAGACUUUCAGAUACAGGCAAUGUUAUGUAACCAGCACAUAAACAUGUUUAAAUUGGUACUUAUGUCCAAUUUUCAUUGCAAUAAAAAUUGUGACCAUGA